AUGGCUGCAGCUGGAGGGAGUACGAAUAUAAUCCAACUUAUUUUAAGCAAUAGUAUAGUGAAAUCCGAGCUGAGAAGCACUGAGGAUCUUUCUACACUAGACCAAGGAGACAACAAGCUACAAACACCACUGAUCAUAGCAGCUAGUAUGGGCCAUGUGGAAGCUACGAAGCUCUUGCUUCAAUACAGCGCAAAAGUCUCCAUCCAGGAUGACGCUGGCAAGACCGCGUUACACUACGCAGUUCUAAUUGCGGGACAGCUGCUCAUCGUACAGUAUCUUUUGCGUGAGAAACGUAUUUCUCCAGACAGCGAGUGGCAAGGCCUGCGACCACUAUGCCAGGCGUCUGCAAAAGGACAUAUAGAAGUCGUACGCGCUCUCUUGAGAUCUAGAGCCUCAGUAGGUAUAGCAGACGAGCAGCGAAAAACACCUUUACACCACGCAGCCGAGAAUGGAAUGUACACGGUUGCCAAGACACUCCUCUUCCAAGAUGCUAACGUCAACGCCCCGGAUAUGAACAGAGAAACUCCGCUGCAUAGUGCAGCGAAGAGCGGGAAUACCAGCAUGAUCGAGCUUUUACUGGAAUCUAAGGCAAACGUCGAGGCAUGCUCACGGACCAAAGAGACGCCGCUCCACUUGGCCGUU